AUGAAGCUGACGGCCUUCAUCCUUGUUCCGGUCGCCGCGGCCAUCAAGCCACUGGUCGACCUUGGGUACGCCAAGUAUCAAGGCACAGACAAUGGCGGCGUGAGUCAAUGGCUGGGCAUCAGAUACGCUGCACCGCCAGUUGGGCGACUUCGAUUCACCAAGCCAGCGGACCCGAUCGUUGAAGGCAAAGUUCAGCAGGCGAACAAGCACGGCUUGAUUUGCCUGGGUACGGACCAGCCGCCGACAGACGACACGUUCAAGGCGCAAUCGGAGGACUGCUUGUUCCUCGACGUGUAUGCGCCAUCCAACGCAACUGCAGAGUCCAAACUGCCCGUCUUCGUCUUCAUCCAGGGCGGUGGCUUCGUGUCCAAUAGCAACAGCAACUACAACGGCGGCGGCCUGGUUGCGGCCGGCGACCACGGCCUCAUCGUGGUCACAUUCAACUACCGCGUCGGCGCCUACGGAUUCUUGACUGAUGGCAACCGUGCUACGCCGAACAACGGGCUCUGGGAUCAGGUCAAGGCUCUGGAGUGGGUGCGGAAGCACAUUGCCAAGUUUGGCGGCGACCCAAAACACGUCGUUAUCGGUGGAGACUCGGCGGGCGCGGCGAGCGUCUCGUACCACUUGACGCGGGGCGGCGGACGGGACUACGACCUGUUUGUCGGGGCGGCUGCCGAGUCGGUGUCUUUCUCGACAGUCCUGACGACGAGAGAAUCGCAGUACCUGUAUGACGGGUUUGCAGUGCGGGCUGGCUGCGCUACCAAAGACAGCCUGCAGUGCCUGCGGAGCAAGUCGACCAAGGAGCUCCAGGAGGCCAACGUCAACGUGCAACCUCUGCCCGGCGCGCAGGACCCUCAACUGUUUGCGUGGAACCCAGUCAUUGACGGCGACUUUAUCACCGAGCUUCCAUAUGACGCGUACAAGAAAGGGCACUUUAUACGGGUUCCGGUUAUCAUCGGCGACGACACAAACGGCGGGACGAGCUUUGCCCCAAGGGACACGACGACCCUGCCAGAGAUGAACACGUUCCUCCGCAAUCAAUUCCCUCUACUUACCCCAUCCGACCUCGAGACCAUCGACGCGCUGUAUCCCAACGCAAACGACACCUGCCCUCACAUCGGCUGCCGCUGGAGGCAAGUCAGUGACGCCUACGGCCAGAUGCGGUACACGUGUCCCGGCUUGUACAUCAGCCAGCAGUACGCAUCUCGGCACUCGUCGUCGUCGUGGGCGUACCGCUGGAACGUGGAGGAUCCGGAGCAGGUUGCGCAGGGCCUGGGCGUGCCGCACACCGUCGAGGUACACGCCAUAUUCGGGCCCUCGAAUACCAAGGGCGCGCCCGCAAGCUACAGUGGCAGCAACGCGCAUGCCGUCACGGUGGCGCAGGGCUACUGGUCGAGCUUCAUCCGCACUCUGAAUCCCAACACACAUCGCGCGCAGGGUUCUGCUGAAUGGACGGAGCGCGGCCGGCUUGUGGUCAACACGGGUGGUCGCACAGAGAUGGAGGACCUUUCUUGGGGGCUGCAACGGGCUUGCCGAUUCUUUGCGGAUAUUGGGCCGAGGAUCAAGCAGUGA